AUGUUCCAAUUUGUGAGCCUUGUUGUCACCUUUGGCCUGAUCAUUGGCACCUCAGAAUCACUGUUGAAUAAUGCUUUAAGUUCCUUGAAUAAUUUGAAAGUACUGGGUUCUGAUCCUGGGAAGAUUCUGAAUUCCCCCUCUGGAGAUGAUCUUCAGAAAGUGAAUCUGGAUGUGGGGUCUCUUCAGAAAGAUUCAGACUGGUUAUCAGCCAAGAACAGCAUUGUGGAAACAGUGAACUCACAGGGUGUUGGCAAAUUAAACCACGUUUCACCUCUGAAUGGUUUAGGGUUGAAAAUCAAUGAAUUCAGACUCCUGGACUUGAAAGCUGAUCUGUCUUCAGAUGGCAAAGGCAUCAACUUGAGGAUGCCCUUGGCUAUGAGUGGCACUGUUUCUAUCCCUUUACUUGGCCCUCUGGUUGAUGUCGCUAUUUCCUUGGACCUCAUAAUUCCAGUCAGUAUUCAAACCAAUGCUCAGACCGGCCUUCCCAUGGUAGUUGCAGGAAAAUGCUCUAUGAGUGCAGACAAAAUCUCCAUAUCUUUGUUGGGCAGGCGAAGUUCCACUAUCAACACAAUUACUGACAAUCUAUCUGCAGUUGUCACAAAGCUAGUGUCAUACCUGCUGCAGAACCAAAUAUGCCCACUGCUCCAGUUCAUCCUCAGUCACCUGAAUGUAACUCUUACUCAGGACCUUCUCUAUACAGAGGAGGAAGACAAGCCUGCAGACCUUCCAAAGAGAAAUCUGCACCUCCCAGGAAACAGUGUCCUGAGUACGCAGCCACACCUACAGAUGCCACUCCUGUCCACACCAGAUGACAGGAGCCGGGGACUUACUUCUCCUUGA